AUGAAUGAUGACUUGAAUCUGCCACGUGACACGCACCUGUUAGCUGAGUCGUCCAGCCUGUCCUGUCUGAAGGAGCAAGUCGAGGGUGAGUGUGAUGUCACUUCUCGGUCAGCAGAGGCACGCUGCAGUCUUGACACCUCAGAUUUAUCUUUUGGAUCUCCGUCAAGGUCUUUUGAAGCAGCUAUGGCUCGUGAGACAGACAAGAUUUGUGGUGGAGAGGAGAGAAAUUCGCGAUCUUCUGGACGAGGUAUGUUGUGCAAUACCUUUUUUUGCUCUAAAAAGGCUUCUAUCAGUGUGUUAAGGCUGGCGAACAGUGAGGAUAAAUUAAAUAAUAGGUAAUAAUUAACUGAAUAAUAGUAAAAAACAAAACCUGCAGUCGAAUUUAUCAUUCAUAUUCUGAAGAGAAAACGUAAUCUACAUGUAUACUUUCGUGUACGGCAGUAAGUUACAUUUAAGUUUUGACCCCUAUGGUUUGACAUAUUAUUAGAACACCUCAAAAUUCGAGCUGCUCCGUGCCAUAGAGAAGCGUGGAGGCCGUUAAGUGACCUUAUUUGCCACCGGGGUCCUUCAUGGAAACAAAAAGGAGAUAUAUGUUUGGCCGUUCCGCUCCAUUUAUCUCUCCCAACGUAGCUCUGACUUCAGUUUCUAUUGUCUUCCCAGGGUCCUCACUGUCGCCAAUCACCAACAACCAUUCGUUUCACACUGACGUUGCCUUUAACAAGACUGCAAGAGAUGAACUUACAGAACACCCUGAAAGCCGACCAAUUGCCACAGGAGGUGACUCAGCAAUACUAAGGAAUGAAACUACUGAUUUUGCAGCGGGAACAGUAAUGGACCAAGGGAUUGAAGGUAAAGGAUGUACAAUUGAACACGUCAGUGAAGCCUUGUCUAGCAACCGAAUCAAUCCGACUGCUGAGACCGUUACGCCUCGAUCAUCCGCAAAUGAUCCCUGUAAACUUUUCAGAAGUUCUUCGUGCAUAGCUUCUGGGUUAAGGCGAUCCAGCAGACCAAAACGGUUCUUGUACCCAACUUCAAGCCACAUAACCAAAUCAGACAAAGGGAAGCGUGCCAGGGAAACUGCGGUAGCUGUUGACAGCUUGUCAUCUCCGAGAAAAGAUAAGGCAACUACACUAGAGAAACCCUUUCAGGAAAGAGUCAACGAUGGAACAGAGGUUCGAACAAUUUGUUGCAACAGUGCUACCGGUGAAAAAACAGUAACGGAAAAACUUAAAGUUGACGAGAUUUGCGAACCUGACAGAUAUACCGCCGUUGUGUCUUCUGUCGAUGACGCUGGUACAGACAAUGAUAAAGAGACAGAAUCGACCAUGAGUGAAGCAAAGACG